AAGACUCCUUGUCACGCAGAAAUUUCUGGGUGGCAGCGGCGGUGACAUGCAGGACUCCCCGCUCCCGGGGGGCAGAGGGACCCCCACCACCCCUCAUCCCCGCGAGGGCCGGGCUGGGGAGGGUGGAGAAGCCCCCCCUGAGCUCCCUGACCUGCCGUCCCCUCCCAGCAGCGGCUCCCGCCCUGAGGGCCGAGCUCGGACCCCCACCCCUGCAGGACGGACGGGAGGGGGGCCUCGGCCCGGCCCCCCCUGCUCCCCAGCCAUGGGCAGCCAUGAGAAGGACCCGUCCUCCCCGAAAAGAGCCCUGUCCCGCUCCAACAGCACUGUGUCUUCCAAGCACAGCAGCGUCCAGCAGGGCUCCGAGAGCUGGGAGGUGGUGGAGGAGCCUCGUGCCCGGGGCAGCCCAGGGCAGGAGCUGCAGAGGCAUGAGGGGUACCUGCUCAAGAAGAGGAAAUGGCCCCUGAAGGGCUGGCACAAGCGGUACUUUGUGCUGGAAAACGGGAUCCUGAAAUACUCCACCACCCGCCAGGACGUCCUCAAGGGCAAACUGCAUGGUGCCAUUGAUGUCCGUCAGUCCGUCAUGUCCGUCAACAAGAAGGCGCAGAGGGUCGACCUGGACACGGAGGAGAACAUUUACCACCUCAAGAUCAAGUCCCCGGAGCUCUUCUCCAGCUGGGUGAGCAGCCUCUGCACCCACCACCACGGGGAGAAGCCCUGUCCCACGGGGGGCCCCGGGGGGAGGACCCCCGCCAGCGCCCAGGGCCAGUGGACGAGGAUCCUGCCCUCGGGCAGUGCCCCUGCCCUGUCCACGCUCGCCAGCUCACGGGACAAGGUGAACGCCUGGCUGAAGGACAGCGAGGGGCUGGAGCGCUGCUCGGCCGAGCUGUCGGAGUGCCAGGCCAAGCUGCAGGAGCUGACGGGAAUGCUCCAGAACCUGGAGGCCCUGCACCGCAUCCCCUCGGCCCCGCUCAUCUCCGGCGGCCAGCCCUCGGCCGCCGCGGAGAGGCCGAAGAAGGGCCGGAGGACCACCAAGAUCUGGUGCACCCAGAGCUUUGCCAAGGACGACACCAUCGGCAGGGUGAGGGUGGGCCGCCUGCACGGCUCCGUCCCCAACCUGUCCCGCUACCUGGAGUCCUCCCAGAGCCAGCUGCCCUUCGGCCUCCCCCCGGAGUACACCCAGCUGCAGCGGAGCUUCUGGGUGCUGGCCCAGAAAGUGCACGGCUCGCUCAGCAGCGUGGUGGCCGUGCUGGUGGCUGAGAGGGCCCGUCUGGAGGAGAUGAGGCGGGCGCUGGACCGGCAGGGCCCUGCCCCGCGCCCCGGCAGCGCCGGCACCGCCGCGCCUGCCCUGCGCCGCUUCCACUCCCUCUCCGUCUCCUCCGACACCACCCUGGAUUCCUUCGCCUCGCUGCACCCCGACGAGCCCGACGCGCUGCCCGCCAAGGGCCGGGAGCAGCAGCUCUCCAACCGCAGCAUCGUCUCGCUGGCUGACUCCCACACCGAGUUCUUCGAUGCCUGCGAGGUCUUCCUGUCCGCCAGCUCCUCUGAGAAUGAGCCCUCGGACGACGAGUCGUGCGUCAGCGAGGCCACCACCAGCGCCUGCGAGGAGGGCACCGAGCCGGGGGGGCCGGGCCGCCCCCCGACAGGAGCGGAGCGCGCGGGGGCACCGUCGGAGCCGCCGCCGGUGGAGCUGCCGGGGCCGGACCCGCGGCGGCGGAGCCGGUUGCCCGCGCCCCCCGCGCCGUCGGGGGACGUGAGCCUGUGGGGGCUCCUGAGGAGCAGCGUGGGCAAGGACCUGUCCCGCGUGGCGCUGCCCGUGCAGCUCAACGAGCCGCUGAACACGCUGCAGCGGCUCUGCGAGGAGCUGGAGUACAGCGCGCUCCUGGACCGCGCCAGCCGUGCCAGGGACCCCCGGCAGCGACUGGUGUACGUGGCCGCCUUCGCCGUGUCCGCCUACGCCUCCACCUACUACCGGGCGGGCAGCAAACCCUUCAACCCCGUGCUGGGGGAGACCUACGAGUGUGUGAGGCCUGACCGAGGCUUCCGCUUCAUCAGCGAGCAGGUCUCCCACCACCCUCCCAUCUCCGCCUGCCACGCCGAGUCCGACAACUUCAUCUUCUGGCAAGACAUGAGGUGGAAGAACAAAUUCUGGGGCAAGUCCCUGGAGAUCGUCCCCAUGGGCACCGUCAAUGUGCAGCUGCCCAGGACCGGGGACCACUACGAGUGGAACAAGGUGACCACGUGCAUCCACAACGUGCUGAGCGGGCCCCGCUGGAUCGAGCACUACGGGGAGGUGCUGAUCCGCAACACCCGCGACGCCUCCUACCACUGCAAGCUCACCUUCUGCAAGGCUCGGUACUGGGGCUCGGGGGCCAACGAGGUUCAGGGGGCCGUGCUGAGCCGCAGCGGGACCCCCGUGGAGCGCCUGGCAGGGAAGUGGCACGAGGGGCUGCACCGCGGGCCCGCCCCGGGCCAGUGCGUCUGGAAAGCCAACCCCAUGCCCCGCGACCACGAGAGGAACUACGGCUUCACCCAGUUCGCCCUGGAGCUGAACGAGCUGACCCCGGAGCUGCGCCGGGUCCUGCCCUCCACGGACACGCGGCUGCGCCCCGACCAGCGGUACCUGGAGGAGGGGAACGUGCCGGCGGCCGAGGCGCAGAAGCGGCAGAUCGAGCAGCUGCAGCGGGACCGGCGCCGCGUCAUGGAGGAGAACAACAUCACCCACCAGGCGCGCUUCUUCAGGAGGCUGAUGGAUGCCAGUGGCAAGGAGUCGUGGGUCACCAACAACACCUACUGGAAGCUGCGCCUGGACCCCGGCUUUGCCCACCUGGACAGUGCAGUGCUCUGGUAGCGACCCCCCCACGGGGCUCUGAGCCCCCCCCAGCUCAUCACAGCAGUGGGGCUGGUCCCCCCGGCACUGGGGGGGGGGUGCAGUGUCCCCCCCCCCCCCCUCUCUGAGCCAUUUUGCUGGUGUUUAAACAAAACUGUGAUAUAAAAGAGGGAGGGGGGGCACUGGCAAUGCUCCCCCACCCCCGACCCGGGGCAGAGCCUUGGGGACAGCUGGGGCAGUGCCCCCCCUGCCCCGGGGGCACAAGAUGCCUGGGAGUGGGGGAACGGGGGGUGCCCGCGGGCGGGAAGACCCCUCUGCCCCCCCUCCCUCCCCCAAACUGUGCCCAGGGGCUGCUCUAAUAAAGGCUGUGAAGAGUU